AUGCCCUCAUUGCUUGCGUCUGGCAUUGAGCCGCCGGCACUGGUCGUCGUCACAGGCGCCAACGGGUUCAUUGCACAACACUGCGUCGCCGUAUUACUGCGGGAGGGCUACCGUGUUAUUGGAACCGUCAGAAACCAGGCCAAGGCUGCUGCGGUGAAGAAGACACACAAAGGGCACACCGGGCUGGAGGUGGUUGUCAUUGAAGACAUUACAAAUGCUCAGAGCUACCUCGAUGUCCUCGGCCACCUGUCCCCGGCAGCAGUCCUUCACCUGGCCGCACCAUUUCACUAUAAGGCCACUGAUUUCGAACGAGAGAUGAUGAUUCCCGCGGUACAAGGAUCAACGGCCAUCCUGGAGGCUGCCGCUCAGAUCAAGAGCAUCCGGAGAGUCGUCCAAACGAACAGCUUCGCCUCCAUAUACGACGCCUCGGCCGGCCUCAGCCCUGAGAAGACUUACAGCGCCCGGGACUGGAGCCCGCUGACAUACGAAGACGGAGUCAAGGCAGACAACGCUCCCGCGGCAUACCGAGCGAGCAAGGCGGCAGCAGAAAAGGCCGCCUGGAAGUUCAUGGAGGAUCGAGCGGUCGGCUUCGACCUCGUCAGCCUCUGCCCCGGGAUGGUCUUUGGCCCGUUCCUACCCGAGGCCAAGCCCGCGACAAUUGCCGGCGUCAACACCAGCAACCAGUUGGUCUGGGCUUCCCUCUCCGCCGGUCGAGACGCGCCGGUGCCGCCCACUCGGGGGCCUGUCUGGGUCGAUGUCCGCGACGUUGCCGAGGCGCACGUCAAGGCGCUCCAGGUCGUCGAGGCCGGCGGCAGUCGCUUCUUGCUGGCCAACGGCGUCUACUGCAACCAGGAGCUGUGCGACGUGAGCCGGCGCGUGCUGCCCAAGUACGGAGAUCGAAUCCCGGUCGGCGAGCCAGGCAAGCGAGACUCGCACACGCACUUUGGUGUCAGCACUACCGAGACGGAGCGGGUGCUGGGCGUCCAGUGGCGGAGUCUGGAGGAGAGCCUCAAAGAUGUCGUGCCUCAGCUGUUUGAGAUUGAGCGGGGAGAGGCUUGA